CGACAGUCGGAACCGCCGAGCGCGAGGGGAGCGGUUGCUGGAUGAGAGCGGAGGGAGCGCGAGAGCCCUUCUGAGCUUUGCGGUGCGAAGAGUCGCGGCCACCUCCCCCCCCCACCCCCGACUUUAGCGGCAGCAGCGCGCGUGCGCGUGGCGUUAGCAACGCAGUAGCGUCCCUCUAGUUGGAGGCAAAGGGGGAGGGGGGCCGCGCUCUCCCUGUCGCGCGCUCACCUGGAGUCGUUGCUGAGCCUUGGCCCGCAGGAGAACGGCGAGAGCGCGCUCGCGCGCCAGUGGGGGGAGGGGCACUUGACCACGGGGUGCCUCCCCUCCCCCCCAUUGAAGGGUCCUUGAAAAGGAAAGGAGGGGGAUAGAGAGAGAGAAAGAGGCGCUCUGCUUUCCUUAGCGGGGAGCAGGGGAGGGGACCCUGCGGGGGGGGAGGGUGUGUGUGGCCCAUGGGGGGGAGUCCUAGUUUUGGUGAGGGGCUUCCCUUCAAGAGAGUGACUUUUAAAGAAGGAGGAGGGAGAAUCUAGUCUAACCCCUCACCUUGAAGGUGAAAUAAUAUAUAUUUUAACUGACCCUUUUAAAGAGCUUACCUGACAUUUCGAGGUUCCACUGUGUGGGUUUGUUUUUUUUUUUUUUAAAAAUUAUGCAGAUGUGUCUGUAGAAGUGGAUCUUAAUAUUUGGGAAUCUAUAUGUAUUUGGGGGGGGGGGAGAGAGGAGGAGGGCAGGCAGGUUCUAAUUUCCCCCCUUGGACUUAGAAACAGAUCUCUUCUGAAGCCUUACAAAGUGUGUGGGGUGCUCUUUUUAAGAAGGGAAGGUUUUUACUGGGGUCUUUCUGAAGGGGAGGUUGCCUGUUUUGGGACUGCCUCAUAGGGGUCAUGAGGAAACCCUUUCAAAGGCAUCCAUAGGAUCCUUCUAGGUUUGCCUUACUUUUGCAGUGUUGGGGGGGGGGGAAGGGGGGGAGGAUUCCUGUGGUCUGUGAGACUUUGUCUUUAGGCAGCAAAGUGGGUGGCCGAGCCUAAACUUUUGAAAUUAAGCUCUGUAGUUACCCCGUUAGAGCGGCAGGCCGGCCCUGUGAAUGCAGCCAUCCUACUUCCUUCCCUCCCUGCUUUUGCUGUUGCUGCUGUUUAUUGACCUUACACCAGGGAAAUGUCGGAGCUGAGGAAGCGAGGAGGAGCCGGGGGAGAUCAUGAAGCUGCAAGCAUCACUGACAAGGAUGUGGUUGGAGAGGACAGGUUUGGAGAGCUCGACCUCCGAAGCGAUGCUGAUGUUCCUGAAGUUCCUCCACCAACAGACAGAACUCCAGAAAUUUUUAAAAAGGCCUUAUCUGGCUUGUCUUCCAGAUGGAAGAAUUGGUGGAUUCGUGGGAUUUUAACUUUAGCUAUGAUUUCAUUUUUUUUCCUUGUCAUAUACAUGGGAUCGUUCAUGCUGAUGCUGUUGGUGCUGAGCAUACAAGUGAAAUGUUUCCAUGAAAUUAUUACUAUAGGUUAUAGAGUCUAUCAUUCUUAUGACUUGCCAUGGUUUCGGACGUUAAGCUGGUAUUUCUUACUAUGCGUGAACUACUUCUUUUAUGGAGAGACUGUAGCAGAUUACUUUGCGACGUUUGUUCAAAGGCGAGAACAACUUCAGUUCCUAAUUCGCUACCACCGAUUUAUAUCUUUUACUCUCUAUCUAGCAGGUUUCUGCUUGUUUGUGUUGAGUCUGGUGAAGAGGCACUAUCGUCUGCAGUUUUACAUGUUCGCAUGGACUCAUGUCACUUUGCUGAUCACUGUAACUCAAUCUCAUCUUGUCAUCCAAAAUCUGUUUGAAGGCAUGAUCUGGUUUCUUGUUCCAAUCUCAAGUGUUAUUUGCAAUGAUAUUGCUGCGUAUAUCUUUGGAUUCUUCUUUGGGAGGACUCCUUUGAUUAAGCUGUCUCCCAAAAAGACCUGGGAAGGCUUCAUUGGUGGCUUCUUUACCACCGUUGUGUUUGGAUUCAUUAUGUCGUACCUUUUGGCUCAAUAUCAGUAUUUUGUAUGUCCUGUGGAGUACAGCAGUGAGACGAACAGGUUUGCCACAGAGUGUGAGCCUUCAGAACUGUUCCAGUUACAAAAAUAUGCCAUACCACCGUUGCUGCAGGUUGUACUGGGCAGGGAAACAGUGAACCUGUAUCCAUUCCAGUUGCACAGCAUUGCUUUGUCAACAUUUGCCUCCUUAAUUGGGCCUUUCGGUGGCUUUUUUGCUAGUGGCUUCAAAAGAGCUUUCAAAAUCAAGGAUUUUGCAGACACUAUUCCAGGCCAUGGUGGAAUCAUGGAUCGCUUUGACUGUCAGUACUUGAUGGCUACUUUCGUACAUGUCUACAUCACCAGUUUCGUAAGAGGCCCCAAUCCCAGCAAGUUGUUGAAACAACUGUUGGUACUCCAGCCAGAGCAGCAGUUAAAUGUCUACAAAAUGCUCAAGUCACACCUCAUUGAAAAAGGGAUCCUUCAGAAGGGGUAGGAGGACCAAACUGGGGACUACGAAAGAAAAGCACAGCUGGAAGAGCAGGUUUUUCUUGUGCAAAUCACCAUGAGUUGGACUGAAGCCAGACCGUGAGUCAGGCGACAUGAAUGUCUAUUACUGAGAUUACUGUGAAUAACCAGGAGGCCAUGCAAGAUUUUUUAAGUUUCUCUUUCUCUCUUUUAAACAAUUGCAUGUUUUUGUGUGCAUUGUCUCUCUCUCCCCCCACCCCUCUUGGUUCUGACGUAAUGCAACUCGUCUUUCUUUCCUGCUUCACAGUUGGUUAAAAUGGUUAUGCAACACACUCCCGCACAAACAAAAGGAAUCCAAGGGAGUGUGCUAUUACUUUAUAUAAAUUUGUUUUGUUGCGAUGAUAUUUAGUGACUCUGGCUCAGUUAGUGACGCUGUAUAGUACUGCACUGGUUAUCAUUGCCACUUUAGGUGACAGAAUGACUGAACUGUAACUGAUCGGUGGGUGGGUAGAUGCUCUUUGUAUUGCAUGUAGAAAACAGCCUGCAGUGAGACAGGCACCUAUGCCAGGUUUCUCCAGUUAGUUUUAUUCCUAGCGGUGGACAUAGAGUCAGCCACAAAAGGGAAAUAAAUGCCUUUGGGGAGGUUGCCAGGAUCUUCCCAGUAGAAUCCAAAUGGCCAGUAGAAGGUCAGGCCUCUUUCCGUGCCAUCACUUUCUGUUUGGGGACUUCCAGACCCCAGGGAUUGGCUGCUCUCUGAAAGGAGCCUUGGUUAUUGGUGCCUCAGCCUACAGGUGUGUUGACUGGAAACAGCUUCCCCUUGUUUGCGAUCAGUGCAAUACAAGUGCUAAGUCAGCAAUAUUUAGGUCACCCUCAUGUAGACUGGCGGCCUGUGCCGGCCUUCUUGUGAGACGGAUGUGAGUGCGUCCUCCACCAGCUCGGUCUCGAGGGUGUUAGGGCCAGCAUCAUAUGGUUACAACAUCUGUGGCAUCAGCAGGGCAUCUGGACACAUUGAAUGUUAUCAGAGCUCCAUGAGUUCUGUGUGGCACAUGACUCUUGUGCUAUUUGUGGCAUGAGCUGUUUCCUCGUUGCUUUUAUGCAGUUUUCCUUUUAUCACGUCAUAAACCAAAACAGACGACUUUAAGAAAAAAAAUCUAAUACAAACAAUGAAUACAAAAGCACACAAAUGCCAAAAGAAAUGUGGUUCAGUGGUAACUAAGUAGGAUUUAAGGCAGGGAGGUUGCCGGCUUUGAGAAAGCUUUUCCUAAGCAGGCCUUGGAGCAAUGAAGGCGAGCCUGGAAGAACAGUCUGUGCUCUGGCAGCGCUCACGUUCAUAUCAUCGAGGUCAGUGCAGGAGGACACUGCGCCACACUUAGUGCAGGUGAGAUUGCAUUCGCUCAGAGCAUCUGGGCGAAAGGUUUUCUGAAGGGUUGAAGGUGCUUCUUCUGGUGCUGCUUGAUGGGAACAGAGAGAGAGUGCCAGAGAUUAACCUCUGCGUUUGACCAGGAAGGACCAUCUGUUUCUAUUGUCACAGCAGCCAUGGUAGCUGGAGGCUCAGUUUUAAGCGUGGCUCCCUAGAACAGUGGUAGGAUGGUCAGUGUACAAGGCCACAGCCCAUUUACUAUGGAAUCUGUAGUAAGUGGACAAGUACAUCACCAGUCUCCAGUACAAAGAGUCCCUUCUGACAUUACCUUGGCAGUGUCGGAAGAGAAGGCUGCGGGUUCCCUUUCUUGCGUCACUCUAGGAAUGAUAGUAGUUGAAGGUCAAGACAGGAAGGUCUGCUAAUAUGGCUCUUUCCCCUCACUGGCAGUGAUUAUCCCGGAAAGUGGGCCAGACUUGGUGUGGGAGAGGAGCCACGUCAUAGGCCCUGAUUCCCUGAUCUUUUGCCUUCAGGGCGAGGGAUGCAACCGCUCCUCUCGCUGUGCUCUUGGUAACCUAAGACUGGAGUCAGACUCUCUUUUUUGUGCCACGUCAUAAUUUCUGCUGCUGCCUUUUGGGUUCUCUGAAGAAAUCCUCUUGCACAACAGACUUUGCAGCCACACUGCUUCUCGUGAGCUGCAGGAGCCUUGCCUGCUGUACAGAUCGGCACAUGUUGGAUUUCUUCAGGUGACUCAUUUCUCUGGGGAUCCCAGGAAACAAGUGAUUGCGAAAGUCCUUCGCCGGGUGAGGAAAGCAGCCUAGUUACACAAUUAAACAUUCUCCCCCAACUUCCAAAGCUUCCCCUUUUUUUGCCUUCAGUAGUGCCAGGGUGGACGCACCGCUGAACAGGGCUGAUAUUUAUAUUUUAAAAUACAAUAUUUUAUAUUUUAAAAUACAAUCAGUCUCCACCACAUAGUCUUCCACUGAAGAUUUCUCUGUGAUGAACAGUGACAUUAGAUAUCUACUUAUUGCACAAUCUCACGCAGAACAGAGAGAUCCAGGCAUGACUGUUAAGCUGGAACAAAAAAAAAACAGCCUCAAACUGGAAAUAAAAGAAUAGAGUAGCCAUGGGAAUGAUGCCAGCAGCGGGUUCGAAUCCAAAAGCAUCUGUAGGAAUAUUUGCACUGAAGUAAGCUGUCACUCAUAAACCUUUGGGACUUAGAACAUUACGGUAGUUUUGUUAGAAAGAUACUCUGCCUACUUGUUUCAUUCUGAAGACUGGAUCAUAUAAAACUGUAAAGCUUAAUUUUAAUGUAAAGCUUAAUUUUAAUGUAAAAUUGUAUCUUUUGGAUUAUUUUUGGUGUAAUUUUUAUAGCAUUUGUAUUAAAAAAAAUAAGACUAUUUAAGCCAUUGAAUGCUGGAGAUGAAUCUACCGGCUCCAUUUGCACUGUUAAGGGACACUAUUAUAAAAUGUUGCUACUUAUUAAAAGAUGAAUGCUUCCUGGA